CCCAGACGUAUUUGAAUUAUAUUAUUUCUUUUCUGUGCGACUCUCAGUUUACUUAUUGCUGAAAUGGGUGGCGGAGGAGUUAUGAGGACGGCGGCGAAGAUUGCAGGCAUUGGCGUCUCCAGGCCAGGUCUCCGGCGCUUUCCAGUGGCGUUACCGACCGAGCAAUCGGUUGGCAACGCGUCGCCACCCUCGUUGGUCGCUGGCGUAUCGUCGAAGGGAGCAAAGACCGCUGAGGUUGUCCCGGUGCACACGGCGGCAUCGUGGGAUGAGUGGGACUUUGCUGACGACGGCGAUUUGUCCUUGCCGAGGAUGGUGUUCGGUUCUGCCCCCACUUUCGAGGAAGCCAAGGAAGCCACUGCAGAAUUGAAGGACGCCAUUGAUCAAGUAUAUUUUUCUCCCGAAUCUUCUUAUUAUUCAUCUCCUGGUUGUGAAGUCUCUGCUCUGUCUCCUACACUUUAUGAGCCAGUGAACAGAUCUUGUGUAAUUUCAAAUCCUUCAGGGCCAAAGCAUGUCAUUCAGGCUUUUCACUUACUUAGCACAAGUCCUGAGGCUCAGGCUGUUGUGGCUUCACUCGCUUGUGAUCCAAAUGUAUUGAAUGCAGUCAUGAAAAAUCCUGCUGUCAGCAGUUUCUUGCAAUCACAACUGACAGAGGAAACUGAGGAAGUGGAAAAGUUGUCAAGUUGUGCUUCUGAAGCAGUUGAAACACCUGAAAAAAUGGAAGCAUCAUCCAAGUCUCACUCGCGAAACAUCUUUUCCACUAUCAGUGGUGGUCUGCAGAAUGUAAAGCUUAGAGUCAUUGAAUUGGUAAGUAGGUGUAGGGUGCCUGGUUUCCUUCAGAACAUAUUCUCGUCACCUGAUACUGAGAAAGAGAAGAUGUAUGCUGGUGCUGAGGCCGAUGGGAACACUAAAACAAGUUUCUUUGAUAGUAAAUAUGCCCAGGGAGGAAUUUUGGUAGGUUUGGUACUGCUGGUCUUAAUGGCCAUAGGGGCCAAGAGAGGUUAGACUCUUGGAAGCAAACCUAUAAUGUGUCGACUUCUCUAUUUGAAGCCUGUAAAUAUAUAUGAACUGCCUUCAAAUUAACACUGUCUUGCACUAGGUAAUGUUGUUUUUGUUAACAUUUGGAAGCCUACCUGGUUCUGGUUUUUUCAACGUUUUCUGAAAUUUUCUA